GGAUCAUAUAGUGCAGUAGUCUGCAAAGAAAGUGACCACAGAGGUAGCGUAGCUAUCCAGCCCUUUGAGCGGCGGGAUUGCGACCAAACGGACUCGUCGACCUUAACGACUGUUUACAACCGAAAAAAAAAGACAGUCAGCGGAAAAGCUCCCAUUUUAGACAUCUAUAUCGCGUAAGGAGUCGUUGUUGCUGCUACUUUUUUCUUCUAUUUUUUUGAACACUUAGCCUAUAUUGCGCACGGCGGAUAUAUGAAGACGCACUCACGCUCAACACCAGACCGAGGGAACAGGGAGUGAUUCACACCACCCCCCCCGCCCCCUGCCUGCAGCCCCCAUGCCGGGCAUUAGCUCCACCGCGUCUCAUUAUGAAAACUGGGACAUGGACCACCUCGACCACUACCAACAUUAUUUCUACGACGACCACCACGACCCGGACGAGGAUUUCUUCAAGUCCACAGCGCCCAGCGAGGACAUAUGGAAGAAAUUCGAGCUGGUACCGACCCCGCCCAUGUCCCCUAUCCGGGCGGUGGAAGGGUCUGGCAGGGUCGGGCUGCUGUACCCGUCUCUAGGGGACAAGCUGGAGUGGGUAUCUCAGUUCUUAGGCCAGGAAGAUGAACAACAACAUCAGCAGCAGCAGCAGCAGCAGGACCUGCCCUGCAAGCUGACCACGGCCAAUGACUCCUUCGGGAACCUGAGCUCCAUCAUUAUCCAGGACUGCAUGUGGAGCGGCUUCUCGGCCGGACAGCAGCUGGAGAGAGUUGUAGGGGAGCGCUGCACCUCCUGUCCCGGGACAGGCGGGACCGGGGCUGCUGCCAAAGUCGCAGCCGGCUCUGCCGUUCCAUCCCCGGGGAGGGCACAGUGUGCCCCCGCCGACGCGUCGGGCCUCAGCGGACCGGCGGCGGAGUGUGUGGACCCGGCUGGGGUGCUCACCAUCCCGUUAACCGGUGGAUGCAAGAAACAAGUGUCCUCUGGUUCCGAGUCUCACACCGACUCAUCAGAGGACGAAGAUGACCAGGAUGAGGAUGAAGAAGAGAUCGAUGUGGUGACGGUGGAGCACAAGCAGCAACGCAAACCUCGUCGACGACUGGUCAACGCCCGCAAGCCGGUGACCAUAACUGUGCGCGCUGACCCCCUGGACCCCGGCAUGAAGCGUUUCCACAUCUCCAUCCACCAGCAGCAGCACAACUAUGCCGCUCCCUCCCCGGACACGAUCCCUCCGCCGGUCGAGCCGCCUCGGAAGAGGGUCCGGCAGGAGGCCUCCUCCCAGGCCCCCCAGCCGCACCAGAACUCUCAUUACCACCAGCCCCGGCCCGGCCACGCCCCUCUGAACUUAGACAGCAGGAAGUCUCAUGUGAGCGCGGCCGGAGUCAGGUCCGAGUCGCCUAACCUCAGCGCUUGCUCUCCUACCUCCUCCACGUCCCCUUCGUCUCCCCCACCUUCCUCUUCCUCCUCUUCCACCUCCCAUUCCCAAAGCUCCCCCUCCAAGCCCCACUCCUUCUGCCACCUCUCCAGCCCCCAGUCCUCGGACUGCGAGGACACAGACAAGCGCCGGGCGCACAACUUCCUCGAGCGCAAGCGAAGGAACGACCUGCGCUCGCGUUUCCUGUCGCUGCGGGACGAGAUCCCGGGCUUGGCGGACUGCCCCAAGACGCCGAAGGUGGCGAUCCUGACGCGAGCCACGGAGUACUUGCAGCAGCUGCAUGCCAGCGAGAGGCAGAAGGCUCAGGAGAGGAAGCAGCUGAAAUCCAGGCAGCUGCAGCUGCUGCAGAGGCUGGCACUGCUCAAACGCUCCUGAGCCGGGGGGGCGGGGGUGGGCUGUCACCACACACGUACACUCCCAGAACUGAACAGGACUAUAUGAAGGAGAAAAGACACUAAUGUUCACUUUGAAUUGGUCACGUUGGAAUAGUGCGGGUGGGAUUUUCUUUUUUUCUACGUUUGUGGUUUGCACAUUAGCUUCUGAGUGAUUGACAAGGCCGUAAGCCAAUCUGAUCUUAAUGGGGCAUUUUACGGGCAGAUUAAUAUGUCCAUGGUAACUCAAUAUAGGUUUGUCAGAACUGUUACAUUUCCCCCUUGCUGAAAAAAAUGUUUAAAAACUGUUGCUUGCUAUGGGAAGACUUGGCUGCGAAUGCAGCAGCUUGUGUGUUGUGUGCUGUGUACCUGCUGCAUGGUCUGGUCAGACGUAUUUUUUAUUUUUUUUUUCUUGAUUGUGAUAGGGCUUGGUGUGCUUGCACAGCAGAGAUGUCUCCUCUUUCUGUCGGUCAUCUGUCUAAAGGUCUCCUUCACAUUUCGUGUUCUUUACAGACCCCUGCUCCUUAGUGCUUGGCAUAUACAACUUGCACAUUUUGUCAUCAAGUAAAGCCUUGUUUCUGCUCUGUGUUCUUUUCUCUUUUUUUUUUUUUUCCUUCUCCACAGCAUGUGACCUCUUACCUCCCUUUUUUUUUUUUCUCCUUCACACUUUUUCCUCUUGUCAGCAGUUGGAAGUUUCUACCUUCAUGCUUGCUGUUGAUGGGAAUGCAGGGGGCUGUAGUGGGUCUGUACUGAGCCAUGCAACAAUGAUGUUACAACUGGAAACAAUAUGUUCUGCACCUCCUGGAAUAGCUCAGGUUAAGUCCCAACUUCUGUGCCUGCAGGUUUCCAUUCAGUGAUUUUUCUUCUGGCAUCAUAAAUGUUUCAGCAGCGGCACCAUGCCCACAGCAACGAGCAGUUUCGUAGCAUUAUUUAGAGAAAAUAUGUUGCUCUACAGCCACUGUUUUGAAAUGUAUCAUGUUUUCAAUGCAAAAAAACACAGAUUGAGAUCUUUAUCAAGAUUUCACUUGAUCUUUAUUAUUGUUGUGCCAUGGAGACCAGCCAAAAAGUAAAUGUUGGCUUCUAAUUAUCAACCAAAAGAAACCAUUUGAGAAUGGCUUAAAAUUAAUAAGCGACAUUAAAAAAAAAAAGCCAAUUUUUGCCCAAUGAGGUCCAACUGUACAUUUCUUUUACAUGUUUUUUGUAAUUGUUUUGCAUUUGAUGUAAUGCCUAUAGAAGCCUUUCAAUGUACGUAUGCUAUCCUGUUGGAUGGUAUGUAUAUAGUUCCCUUACUGUACAGUCCCCUCCAAACCAAAACCAGAGCUGUCUACUAUACUCAUCCUACUUUGUGUUCGGUCCUGCGUCCUAAACCGGGGCCAAGCUUGCUGGCUUUUCAAAGAUAACUCAAAGCUUCUAUUUUUGUUAAAAAAAUGAUUAUGAAAAAGAGUUCUAAUAAAACACUGAACAUUCAUCACACUAGACACUUUGUCACAACAUUGUUUUAUUUUUUUUGCAAUGCCUACUUGUUUUCUUUACUGUUCAUUAUGUUUUCUGUCUCUGGGUUGUUUUGUUUUUUUAUUUGUAAGAGUUGACAAAAGUUUUAUACUAUAUUUUCCUACAGAGUUGUGUUUCAGUGUGAGCUAAUGACUGUUUUUGUUAUUGUAGCUGGCAGGGCUUUAUUGGUGGUUAUGCUGAAAAUUGGCAUGUAUGCUCUGCUUUCUCUCUGUGGAGUGGAAAGCACCUGAAUGCUCCUGUAUUCAAUCCAAUCGCUGUAGCUGUAGCGCACUCUCACAUCUGACGCGGGUGGUGGGGAGAAAGGGGGACUUAAGAGGAUCUCCCGAUUCAACUUCUGGCUGUGUGUAGCCUUUAGUGACCUUAAUGUUUUCUGCUUUAUCUCUUUUUUUUUUUUUUUGCAAGCCUGGUGCUCCCUAUUGUUCCCAAAAGCCAUGCAACAGAGAACACUGUAGCCCUGCAACUAGUACUGUAAAUAACUGGGUCAUGAUGACUAGCAUGCUCUGCUCUUAACCAGCACUCAGGAAAAUCCCACGUAGCCUGUAGCUCCUGUGAUAGGACAUUAGGCUGUUACACUCCCUGCUAUAAUAUGCUGUAUGUAACCGUGCCAGAUACAGACAGACAGACAGAGAGCAUUAGAUCAGGGAAACCAUGAUGUACUUGAACAAAUACUUCAGGAUAUCAUCAUUAAGUUCCCCUUUUGUUCUUUUGAAUUAGCUGUAAUGCUCUUUCUGCUAAUUCAGCACAAACCACCAUUAGCCCUGUUUUUUUUGUUGUUGUUUUUUUAGAUAGGCUGCACCCACAGCAGUGGUUUGCCCAUUUUAGUUUUUUGUUUGACUUGUAUGGGUCACUGGUCUCUGCUGUUGUCGCGUUAGCAGACUGGUGCUUACUUACUUUGGGAGUUUAACUAUGUUGAGUUUGAAGCCUUGUUUCAGCACUUUGUUUUUCCUGUACCUCAUAAGCCUCUAUGUAUGAAGAGUAAGUCAGAAAAAUAAUAAAUUCCUGGUUUGAGAUCAUA